AUGAUGGGCGGAAAGCGACGCGGCGGAGGCGGAGGAGGGGCCCCGCCGGAACGGGUUCGAACCCAUCUUCUUUUCUCUCGGGAGCACACGCAAAACACGCAGAAGCGGAAAAGACGGCCUCAUAAUAAGCUUCAAGUCACUAAUGUGCAUAAGAAAGAUGAGAUGGUGCAGGCGGGAGCAGUCGAUCCAACUGAAUGGACAGGCAACCAAAGAGUGCUCCAUUUUGGACCAAUGGCUCAACGCGAUCCCUAUUUCUACUAUUAUCCGAAAGGAUGGGAUGUCCUCUACCCAGCUACUUUUGGUUUUUUCCCAUAUCGGACCACAAGGUUCCGUGGAUCUCAUUCCGUCGUAUGCCUAGCCGCAUUUGGAAUUUUCCUUCUUUUUGGUGGGCUAUUGAUGCUCUUUCUCGGCUAUUUCUGGGUCUACGAUACGCCAUUUUGGACGUGGGAGCUUGAAAUGCGGAAAAGACCCCCUCCCAUCCAGAUUGUUGGGCCUAUACUACUUCUAAUCGGAUCCGUGCUAUGUAUAGGAGCUUGCUGUGUCAGCCUAAUCACUAGUGAUCUUUUCAAAACAUAUCUUCAUCAUACCCGAAAACACAACGAACCGUCGCGCGUGACUACAAUAACAACGACCUUCAAGGAACCCGAAGCUUACUUCGAAAAAGACCCCUAUCAACCACUCCCCCCGCCUGCCUAUCCUGUGCUAGCGAAUAAAUAUGCGCAUUCUAAUCUCGUCAAACCGCAUGACGAGCAGAAGUUGUAUCCGCCAGUGAUCCCGGGAUGCUCAACCCUGUCCCUACACGGACGCAGCCCCGCGAAUUUGGUGGCAAGUCCCUACAACACCCUACGUGUCUACACCCCACAACGAUAUCACGGGUCAACUGCCGAGGCAGAUCACCGGAGAACUGGCAGCGUUGCUGGCUACCGGGGCAGCCAAUCAAGCGACAAUAAAAGAUCAAAAAGUAUGGGUCCACUGCACCGAAGCGACUCGAAUCGCUCCCGCAGAUCCCAACGCCAACGCGAAAACAGCCAAAUA